GAUUGGCUGAGGUGCCGGAAGUGCCGUGAGGCCGGGGAGCGCGCGGCGGGGCUCCGCGUGCGGCAGAGGCGCUCCCCGCCACCAUGUUUGUCCUGGUAGAGAUGACUGACACAGUAAGAAUUCCUCCCUGGCAGUUUGAAAGGAAACUGAAUGAAUCCAUUGCUGAAGAGCUAAACAAGAAAUUGGCCAAUAAGGUUGUAUACAAUGUCGGCCUCUGCAUCUGUCUGUAUGAUAUCACAAAGCUGGAAGAUUCAUACAUAUUCCCUGGAGAUGGUGCCUCACAUACCAAAGUGCAUUUCCGCUACGUGGUCUUCCAUCCCUUCCUGGAUGAGAUUCUGAUUGGACAGAUUAAAAGCUGCAGUCAGGAUGGCGUUCACGUUUCUAUUGGAUUCUUUGAUGAUAUUGUCAUCCCACCAGAAUCCCUGCAGCAGCCAGCUAAGUUCGAUGAAGCAGAGCAGGUGUGGGUGUGGGAAUAUGAGACGGAAGAAGGGGCCCACGACCUUUACAUGGACAUCGGGGAGGAGAUCCGCUUCCGAGUCGUGGAUGAAACGUUUGUCGAUACAUCACCGACAGGUCCGAGCUCUGCAGAGGCUUCCACUUCAAAUGCCACAGAAGAAGUCCAGAAGAAAGAGGCACCCUACACUCUUGUGGGAUCAAUCAGUGAGCCAGGCCUGGGCCUCCUGUCGUGGUGGACAAACAGUUAGCUGCAAUCAGAGCCUGCUCCGCAGAAAGUCUUUCCGCUUCCAACCUGCCAGAUCGAGACAGUCGCUUUCAAGAAAUGUCUUCACUGAUCUGUAGAAGCGAAUACACAAAAAGCCUUGAGCGCAGCAGCAACAAACUCAGCUGGAGCUUUGGUCUCCUGCCCUGGAGGGAAAACUGUGGGGAGGUCUUCACUUGCCUGAAUUAAGAAGGGAGUUGAGUGAAAGCAGGACAGAAUGCCUGUCAAGUAGUAUUGCUUCCUUGGGCUGAGAGCUUGAUCUCAGAGGGGUAGAAACCUGCCCUUCUUUUGACAGCAAAUGGAGAAGAAACAGCAGAAGACCAGAGUACUCUGGAGACCUGGAAAAUACGGCUGCUUGGGAGGGCAGGGGAGGCAGUGGUAAUGUUCUGCUAAGAAUGGGAACUUAACCCAUGGAUGGAGUCAGCGAAAAAGAACUGGAAUGACAGUAGUUUAUCCAAAAGUAACUAGGCUGUGUGAAGAUGACCACUGUGGAAAGCUACAGGCUGCUUAUUGUGCUGAAUGGAAAUACUUUAUUGGGUGGGCUGUAUUUAUGUAGAAUGAGCUAAACUUUGCAGGAUUUUGACUGGAAAUACAUAAUUAUGAACUGAAAUGGACCGAGGCUGCUUUGAGCAAGCUAAGUACUUGUUUGUGGGGGUAUGUUAAUACCAGAAACAGAAUAAAUAGUAAAAACC